AUGUUUGUCUUCAUCUUCUCCCGCCUUGUUCUCCUCCUGCUCCCAGCGAGCAUCUCAGCCGCCGCCAUGGACCGAGUCGUGUUCACCCCUGGACACAGCGGAGACAUCACCAACACCUCAUCCCUCGUUCGCCGAGACAACAUCGGGUGGUUCCCCGACGAGGAGACCCAAGCCACUUGUGACUCAGACGCAACCCCUGAGAAAACCGAGGGCAGCGAGUUCCUGAAAGCCGACUGCACUGUUAUCGUCAGGUUCAACCACGAGCCCGGCCGGUACGUGAUCCGUGGCUACGCGAAAGGGAAGUGGGCGCAGAUCUUGGACGUCGGCACGUGUGCUAUCGCGGUUGCCAGGAACGAUGACUCCACCGAUGACUUCGAUGUCGGUGACAAGGACAUCAGAGACAGCAUCAAUGCGGCGAUGGGGAUGUACGAGGACCCCAAUAAAAUGAAGUCCGUUACAGGCGAAGGGGUCUGCGAUCCUCAUGACGAGUCAGGCAAUGAGGUGCAGAUCAAGUGGAAGGUUGCUGAUCCUGAGGAUCUGGAUUGA